AUGAAAACUUCUUCCACAUUUGCCUCCUCAAGCAAUAAGUCUUCCUUAUCAUCAAUGCGAGGAAGUGGAUUGAAUAAAUUAUUUUGUAGUAAUAAUGAUUAUUAUCGGAAAAGUGUUUGGAUAUUUGUGUUGAUUUGUUCGGUAUGGAUGAUCAUGAUUGGAAGUGGAGUGGAUGCAUAUAGAAUUAAUUUUGAUGAAAGUCAUGGGAGUUUUACUUCGGAUGUAACUCAGGGAAAAUUAUUGGAUGAAUAUGAAUUGGGAAUGUAUGCUAGAGAGGAUCUUCCAUUGAGAGUUUUAACAAGACCCAUUGCUAAUGGUGACACAUUUGUUCAAGUUUAUUUAAAUGUUAAACAAUCAAGCAUUCCAACUCCUGAUACCAAAUUAGUUCUCAUUGUUGCUAACAGUGAGAUACUUGCAACUGGUUUUAAGAAGGAUCAGAAAAAUGAAUAUUUGUGUGGAGACGAAGGAUUAGUUCCAACUUCUCAAAGCACACUCGAUGAUGAUGGAAUUUUAUAUUACAAAUAUUUCAGUGGAGAUGAAGUAAUUGAUGAGAAUUUCGAAGUGCCAUUAACAGGUCUCUACCAAUACAAAUUAUUCUACUGUCCUGCCACUAACCCAACUAAGGAAAGACCAAAGUCUGGUGAAGCCAAUUUCAAAAUGAAUGGUUACAUUCAAUUCAUCAAUCCAUAUGGUCACUUGCCAGGUCAAUAUUUCUUCUUCUUGCCAUUCCAAGCAUUCAUGACAAUUGCUUAUAUUGUUUUUGCUGUCCUUUGGUUUUUGGCCUCUAUUUUCAAUAGAAAGGAAUUCUUAACUCUCCAAUUCUACAUUACUAUUGUCUUGAUGAGUUGUUUAGCAGAAGCUUUGAUUGUCUAUUUUGAUUACUUUUUAACUAACAAAAUUGGAAGUCGUAACUUUGUUGUUCAACUUUGCUCAAUGGUUAUGACUGUCAUUAGAAAGACUUGGACUAGACUCAUCAUUUUGGUGGUUUGUUCAGGAUACUCAAGUGCCACAAAGGAGGAGGAUGAUGAAUCAUCUGAAAAUACCUCUUCUCAAAAGAAAGUAACAACAACCAUGAUCAUUAUUUAUUCAGUUAUAUUUGCAAUUUCAUGCUCAGUUUCAGAAUUUGGAGAAUUUUUAUUCUUUAGAGAGCUCAUUUCACACACUCAAUAUUUGAUCUCCAUGGUUCCAACAUCCUGCUUGGAUUUCUUCUUCUAUGUCUGGGCUCUUUACUUGCUCUACCAUACUAUGAAGAUGUACAAGCCUUCAAAUCCAAAAGCUGUCACUGCCAGAGAAAGGGCUUCCCCAGAAUGGAAACAUGCAUUCUCCAAUUCUUCUACGAAUAUGGUCAAUACUACAGAAGUGCUUGGUAUUUGA